AUUGCUCUCAAAGUGUUCUUCUUGGCAUUCCAGGGUGAUCACAGGAAAGUUUUGUAAAAAAAAUUUGAAAAAAAAAAACUACUAAAAAGCAAAAAGUGAUAAUAAUAUAUACUUCUUCGUAAAAGAAACGCAACUUUUUCGGGAAAGCUUCAACAAGUAGAUCCAUUGUCCUUUCACCAUCUGUGAUUGAGUGGACAUGCUUAAGGUCCCUGAACAUCAAGUUGCAGGACAUCAAGCUGGGAAUGGGAAGCUCGGACCCCUUGUAGAUGAUUCCGGGUUUUUUUACAAGCCUUUGCAGAGCGGUGACCGUGGGUCCCACGAGGUUGCAUUCUACACAUCCUUUUUUUCGAAUGCUAGGAUCCCGGAUCACAUAUCCAAGUUCUUCCCAAAAUUUCAUGGCACCCAGCUUCUGGAGGCGUCCGAUGGCUGUGGUCUGCUACCUCAUCUAGUUUUGGAAGAUCUCACUCUUGGUCGAGCCAAUCCGUCGAUAAUGGACAUUAAGAUUGGUUCGAGGACCUGGCCCCCACAGGAAUCCGAGGAUUACAUCAAUAAAUGCUUGCAAAAGGAUAGAGAAACAUCUAGCAUUACCUUAGGUUUCAGGCUAUCGGGCUUGCAAGUCUAUGGGAGCAAAGAAACAGGGUAUUGGAAGCCUGGAAGGAAAUCUGUUCAAAACCUUUCUGCAGCUGAAAUCAGGUCAUUUCUAAAAAAGUUUGUUUCUUCAAACACAUCGGGUGGUAUGGAUUUGAAGCCGGAUUGCUCCUUUGCAUCAAUUGUUUACGGUGGAUCCAAUGGAAUUUUGUCGCAGUUGCUGGAUCUGAAAGCUUGGUUUGAGGAUCAAACCAUUUACCAUUUCUACUCUUGCUCAAUUCUAAUGAUGUUCGAUAAAGAACUCGCGUUACAAGAAAAGAGUCCGGGUGCAGUUAUCAAGCUGAUUGAUUUCGCUCACGUUGUGGAAGGUGGAGGGGUCAUUGAUCAUAAUUUCCUCGGUGGGCUUUGCUCUUUGAUAAAGUUCAUUUCCGAGAUUCUUACAACACCCGAUGAGCAUAUUAAUGAAGUUUCUUCAAAUGAUGCUAAGAAGAGUGUUCCUGCUUGACUCAACCUCACUAAUGAGAUCUUUUAGUAGCCAAGUAGAUUACUAAUCCUUUUAUUCUGCUAUUUAUCAAUUGAUGAUGAUUGAAGAAGUUUGAACUUCAUGAAUAAUGGUGUCUUGCCAUUAAUUAAAUAAAGUUAACAGAAGAUCCAUCCUGCUAAUUGGAACAAAGUUGGACUUAAAUUUUCUGUUUGUACUGUUGCUUCCAAGAACAAUCUGAACACUAAAACAGUACUCCAUUUGCUAUGAAGUUUCUCAUUUGCUCUUUCUUUUGGCUUCUAAAUGUCAUUCUUGCUUGGCAUAUA